AUGCUCUUGCACACACACACACUGUGUCAUCCCAUGCUUCUAUUCCUACAUGCCCGUAUUUCCCGUCUGUUUUGCCCCUUUUCUUCGCCCCCCUUCCGCUCCCUCCUCUUCUUCCAUUUCUCACCCCUUCCCCCUUUUCCUCCCCGCUUCCCCCUUUUUCUACCCCCUUCCUCUCUUUUCUCCCCCUUUCCCCACCUUUCUCCCCACUUCUCUCCCCAUCCCGCCUUCUCCCCGUGCCCCCAUCUCCCCCUCCCCCACGCAGCCCCCCACCUGCACGGCGGAGAGGUCCCAAGCCAUUCCGACGGCCACCCGCACGCGUGGUUCACGCAGCACGGCGACACCGGCUCUUCUUUCGCCUCCGCCACCACCACCUACCCCAACUCCCAACCACCCACCCUCCUCUGGUUGCACGACCACGCCAUGGGAUACACGCGCCUCAACACCGCUGCAAGCAUGGCGGGGCUGUACCUAAUCAGGGACCCUGCGGGGGUGGAGCAGGGCAUGGGCGGGUGGUUGCCGCGAGGCGAGUUUGACGUACCGCUUGUGGUGGCGGACCGGCAGUUCCGGAAGGAUGGGAGCGUGGUGUAUGGCGGAGGGAUGGGCAUGGGCAUGCCCAUGGAGAGCUUUGGGAAUGUGAAUGUGGUCAACGGGAAGGUGUGGCCGUACAUGACGGUGAAGCCCCGUCUGUACCGCGUGCGACUGCUGGGGGCGGCCAACUCGCGAGUGUACCGCCUGCGCUUCCAGUGCGCCGCCCAGACCGACUACUUCCAGUGCGCCGCCCAGACCGACUACUUCCAGUGCGCCGCUCAGACCGACUACCCGCACCUCCUGCCGCCACUGCACGGCCCCACUCUCCCCGUGCUCCAGAUCGCGUCAGACGGAGGGUAUCUAGCAGCGCCCCUGUGCCGCUCAUCAAUCCUGCUGGCCCCCGGGGAGCGAGUGGACAUGGGGUUGAUGGGACUGUGUGGGCCCGCUGUGCCCUCUGCUCUGCAGUCUAUACCCCCGAUUGACCUCUCGAAAGUGUCUCGAGUGUGCUACCUCACUCUAUCCAGCACCAUGGAUGAUAUGGGCGGCGGAAUGGGCGGUGGAAUGGGGGGCAAAAUGGGCGGCAUGGGGAUGGGCAUGGGGGGGGGCGGGAUGGGAGGGGGAGGGAAAGCGGGAGGGGGGGGAGGAGGCAUGGGGGGCGGGGGCGGCAUGGGGGGCGGCGGGGGCGGGGGGAUGUCAAUGAUGCGGUUCACAAUCGAUGGGAAGGGCUUCAUGGAUACUCCCACAGAGGUGGCUGCAGUGGGCGAGUCGGAGCUCUGGCACCUUGUGAACCCCGGCGCGCACAUGCACCCCAUCCACAUCCACCUCGUGCAACACCGCCCCCUCUCCCGCCGCCCGUUCCACGCCGCAGCGUUCCUCAACGGCUCCUGCGCGCUGAGCGGUGGCAGUAGCGGCAAGCCGAGCUGCUAUACGGGGGGUGAGGAGGCGGUGGGGGCGUGGGAGAGCGGGUGGAAGGACACGAGUCUGUCGCUGCCGGGUCAGGUGCUGACGCUGUUUGUGAGGUUCGCCGCGCAGGAUGGGUCGGCGUUUCCGUUUGACGCGAGUGCAGGGCCGGGGUAUGUGUGGCACUGUCACAUGCUGGAGCAUGAGGAGAAUGACAUGAUGCGCCCUCUGCUUGUCACUGCUUGA